GGGGAGGGGAGUCUUAAUUUCUUAUAUCUUCCUCUUUUGUAGUAAAAAUCAUUGGUAAAGAGCUCUGCAGUGUGAUAUGUUCUCAAUAGGGAGUGGGCAGAGAGCUUCAGAGGGACUGAGGGGAGCUGACAUAAGGGGAACAAGGAAUCAGAUAAGGAGAAAGGGAUAGACAGCAAAAGGGAGACACAGAAGAGGUAAGAGGGAAAAGAGGAAGGGAUCAUAAGGAUCUCAGGACCAUGGCUGAAUCUAUCACCUAUGCAGAUCUGCGCUUUGUGAAAUCCCCUCUGAAGAAGAGCCUUUCAGCUAUACAGAAGCAGGACCCUGAGGUGGAUGAGGAUGGAGAGCUCACCUAUGAAAAUGUGCAAGUGCCUUCAGUCAAGGAUGUGUUCCCAAGCCCAGAUCAACCUGCCUGUGAGGGACAAACAGGUGGAGAAAAGACAGAUAAGUCAGUUGCUGUACCUUAUUCCGUGAUAUCACCAGUUGCCAGGAAGAUUUUGCCCUGUCCUAUGACCUGGACACCAUACAUUAUCCUGAGCCUGUUGGGCACCUGUUUGCUGUUGGGGAUCACUACUAUCAGUCUAGGCAUUCAAUAUAUGCAGCUAUCUCACCAACUCAGUAACAUCAACCAGGUCCUGGAAGUCACCAAUGGUAGCCUGAGGCAGCAACUCCAAAAUGGGGCUACCCAGUUAUCCAGUAAGGAAAAGGAUCUGCAGGUUACCAGGGAAGACCUGACCCAGACCCAGAAGGAACUGAAGAUAGAAAAGGAUCAGCACGGAGCUACUGAAAAUCUCCUGCUGACCUGCAGGUUGGAAUGGAAUAAGACAAAAAUGAGCUUGGAGAACAAUAUAGAGGAGAAGAGAAACCUGGAAGAAAAACUGAACAUCUUGCAGAAAGGGCUGAACCAAGUCCAGCCCCUUUUCAAUUGCUUACCAAGGAAUAAUGUGGGAUUUGAUAGAAGAGAAGACCACGAGUGGAGACAAUUUCACCAGUUCCAAGAAUACUGCUGUCCCUUGGGGUGGACAUUAUUUAAGAAUAAAUGCCUGUACAUAUCAAGCUGUGAGAAGACUUGGAAAGGGAGUGACUCGUUUUGUCAAUCUCUGUCUUCAAAGCUACUUGUUUGGAAUUCUUUGGAAAACAAAUACUCUGACAUUCAAGCGAUAAAGGAGAUAAUUAAACAAAAAACUAUAAUUCUCUCUCAUUUCUGGAUCCAGGAACGGCAAACUAAUCACAAAACACUUAGAGAGCCCAGGUGUCCAGUGAUCAAACCUUAUUCCUCCUGGAUUUCUACUGACAACUGUAAUGAGAAUUUCUAUUUCAUCUGUGAGAAACAAGCCAUUGAACGACAAGCCAUUGAACGUCCUGUUGAGAUGGAGGACCGCUUCCUUCCCUGAGCUGGGUAAGCAUGGGGAGCAGCGCCAGAGAGGCGCCUAAUUAGUUGGAGUUACUAACAGCCCACUACUGUCUGCUUCUCGGAUUGCUUGCUCCCCCCUUUCCUCAGAGGAGGGGUCUAGACUGGGUAGCAGGGGCCUAGCAUCACCAAAGUUCUAACGGCUGCGCUUACCAGGUUGUGAGAUUGUAGGGAGCAGUGGGAGAGAGUAUGCGGAGAGGACAGAUAUCCUCUGUAUUUGGGGGCACAGGGAGAAUGAAGGUCCAAGACCAGAACUAUAGGUAACCUUUGGGAUGGUCAACCAGAGUGCAUAGAGCGCUUGGUUGAUCUUGGAGGGAAAAGGGCCAAGUUUUACAUGUUUCCCCAGCUCAGGAAAUUGUGGGUGGGGGUCAGAGGGGCAAUGGAGUGGGGUCUCCCUAGAAUUCUAUCCUUUCAGACCUUGUCCCUGAAUCUCCUUCCUCUCCCACCUCCCUGUCCCCAUCGCAGGUCCAGAGCUUCGGGAUUCAUCUCAAGUCCUCUCGGCCUCUGCAAUCCAGGGCCUAGAUUAAGGACUGAACUUGUCUAGUCAUUAUUCCCGUCAGCUCCCAUCCUCCAUUUCCAGAGAGGUCGGACCACUUCUGGGAAGAGGGGACCGGCCUCGAGGAGGGGGCUUUGGAUUCUAGCAUCU